AUGGAAAGGGAUGGCCCUGCCGCUGCUGCUUUCUCCUGGUACCAGCCGGCCAGCCUUCCGCGGGACGCCUGUGUCUACAGCAGCUGCUACUGUGAAGAAAAUAUUUGGAAGCUCUGUGAAUACAUCAGAAAUCACGAUCAGUAUCCUUUAGAAGAGUGUUACGCUGUCUUCAUAUCUAAUGAGAGGAAGAUGAUUCCUAUUUGGAAACAACAGACGAGACCUGGAGAUGGACCUGUGAUUUGGGAUUACCAUGUUAUUUUGCUUCAUGUCUCAAGUGGAGGACUGAGCUUCAUUUAUGAUCUUGAUACUGUCUUGCCAUUUCCUUGCCCCUUUGAAACUUACGUGAAGGCUGCCUUCAAGUCUGAUGAUGACAUUCAUCCACAGUUUAGAAGGAAAUUUAGAGUGAUCCGCUCAGAUUUGUAUUUGAAGCACUUUGCUUCUGACCGUUCUCACAUGAAAGAUUCCAGCGGGAACUGGAAAGAGCCGCCGCCACCAUAUCCCUGCAUUGAAACUGGAGAUUCCAAAAUGAACCUGAAUGAUUUUAUCAGCAUGAAUCCUGAGGUAGGCUGGGGAGCUAUCUACACUCUGUCAGAACUUGUCCUUCGGUUUGGCAGUAAAAGCUACUGA